CCGGAACCUCUGGUGCGCGGCUGCGAUGAUUGCGGAUGCAACGCAAGCAGCCUUCUCGCCCGAUUCAGUCUCGGGCUCAGGUCCUAUAAUUCUCGCACAGGCGCUGGCAACGUUAGCUUGCUGCUGUCUUCCGUUGUGCCACACCAAACUGCUCCUCGAGCGUCAGAAUAGACAAUUCGUGACAGUCAGACAGACUGUUUCCUGGCUACUGGAUUGCCAUGAAGGCGUUCAAUCCUCUCUCUCCCACCUUCUUCACGCUCUUCACACAUCUGCUUCUCUGCCAGGCGAUAUGUUAUUACCCCAGCGGAGACGUCGCACCUCAGGAUCUCCCCUGCAAUGACGAGGCCGGUCAGGCGGCGUGUUGCGGUCCUGCUUACGUCUGUCUGAGCAACGGCAUCUGUAUGUCCAGCGGACUCGAAAAGCAGUUGCCAAACCAGGCGCUCUAUGUCCGCGGCAGCUGCACAGACAAGGACUGGCGGAGUAGCAAGUGUCCCAGCUUCUGUGUCGACCCGGCCAAGGGCCACAAGCUGGACGGCGGCAUCGGCAUCAAAAAGUGCCCCAACCGGAGCGACGACACGUAUCAUUGUGACGACGGUCAGCCCUUUGACUGCGAUUUGCUGGACAAUGUCUUGAGCUUCCAAGGAACUCCCACCGUCAUGACAACCAUUGGUGUCGCAAGAUCUACUACCCAAUUAUCAACAACAACGACCACGACCACGACAAGCUCCCUGUCAUCGGCGACGACCACACUAUCCUCCUCCACGACACCAUCCCCUACACCAAACUCGAAGCCCACCUCAGAUCCCUCGAACUCAGUAACUGCGAAUGUUGCACCCGCCGAGUCUUCGUCUUCUCCGGGUUCUUCUCCUCAACCCUCAGACUCCCAACCAUCGAACGGUCUCAUCAUUGGCCUCGCCGUCGCCGUUCCCAGCGGUGUACUUGGACUCGCAGCAGCGGGUCUGACCUUCUUUUGGUCGCGACGGAAACUCAAGAGAGCCGCCAACGCUCGCACACAAGGCACCACCACCACCAACAAUUCCGGAAUGGAACAAGCGCCAGCUAAGAUGGACGGUCCACCGGUGCCGGGGUACAUAAAUGGGUAUAACAUGUACCAUCACCAUUACAAGCCCCCUGAGCCUGGAUUGGCAGUGGCAGAAGCUUGGGUGCCACCCACAGAGCUGCCUGGUGGAACGGGCGUAAAUCCGGUGGCAUGGGAGUUGCCAGGCGGGAACAGAUAUUAAUCACGAGGGGUUGAGUCGCGGAUCCAGGAUGUGGAGGUACUGAGAACUAUGAUAGGAUAUAGAAGACUAACCGUUGCGAAUGUAAUUCAUAUUCUUAACCAAGACUGUUUUAGGAACGUUGAGUCGCCCCUCU